GCGUCUUUACAAUAAGCAUCGCAGUCAUGUGAGACCGGAAGUAGAGACUUGCUCGCAUUUGCUUGUUUGUGUGCACUGUAGGUUAGAACAAUGUUAAAACCUAAGGCGCUGACGCAGGUUUUGAGCCAGGCAAAUACAGGAGGUGUGAAUAAUACUUUAUUGCUCAACAAUGAAGGUGCUCUUCUGGCUUACUCCGGAUUUGGUGACAGAGAUGCAUCAGUCACAGCAGCCAUUGCAAGUAAUAUCUGGACAGCAUACAUGAGAAGUGGUCACCAAGUAUUUGACAACAGCAAACUUGACUGUAUUUUAUUGGACUGCAAGGAUGGAAAAGUAGCUAUAACAAAGGUUGCAAAUCUACUGUUGUGUAUCUGCAGCAAAGAAUCUGUAGGCUUUGGUAUGCUUAAAGCAAAGGUUGAGGCUUUGGCUGAAUAUUUGGAGGGUCCUCUGUCCCAGGUUGCAGCAUCUUGAUACAAGUGGGAUGCAUUGAUCCACGUGGAGCUUUAUCAUUGUUGUCAUGUAUUUUGCCUUUGUGCUCAUCCUUGUUGCAUGAAUUAAGCAUUUUUGUUUGGCUGAAAGAUUAGUUUUAGAUCACAUCUAUAUAAAGGUGGUUGCUAUUAUUUUCUGAUAACAUAUUAAGACAGGAUGGGUCACAUAAAAGAAGCCUGCCUCUGGUCUGUAUUAUUGUAUAUUAAGUGGCCCACCAUGUAUAAGUCAACUGGUCCUGAUGGGGUAAAAGUGCAUUGCCUGUCAUGUAAGGGAAUAUAUUACUUUGGGGGAGAAGCAAUCUUUUCAAUAUUAAGAUUUGUUUUAUCAAAGUGAUUAUAAACUUGCGAAGUAUCCAUAGGAACAUUAUCAACAAGCAGAAUAGAUAUUUUAAGAUCUUCCCAACAAAAAUGUUAAACAUCAUAGCAAGAAAACAAAACUAAUUUUACAACAGCCUGUCAGCAGAUACAAACGGACAAUGACAAGGUGAGAGUAGGAGUUAACAACCUAGUUUCUUUCCUUUAGCAAAACUAAUGUGAAGAAAAACAGGAGGAUUACAUUGCUUUGUGAGAUUUUGUCAUUCCUGGAUUAUAAUAUCCGAAACAGUGGUUUUGCAUUUGAUAGAAACUACUGGUCAUUUCGUUUUUGCCUGUCUGAUCCAGUGGUGCAUGUUUUGUGUGAUAAUAGGGAUGGAUGCAGGAGUGCAAGAAGUGGUAAUGCAGUAUUUUACUGUUUGUAACUUUACUUUGUUGGUUAUAAAUAAUGUAAAAAAAAAUAAUAUUUAACUAUGUCUAGAAAAAGAUGCUCUGCAUAAAAAUGGAAUAAAGUGAUGAAUCACUUA